AUGGAAGAAGCUUUGGGCAUCUUCAUUUCAGCUUGUGGUGAGCUGUCUCCCACGUUAGCCACUGGAUAUUUCCAGUCUGCCACGAUUUUGCUAAAAGAUAAGUCGUUGUGGAAUUUAGCCAGAGUAAAACUGGUAACAGCGGUUGACAUCUUCUUACAUCUUGGACUGAAGUCCCAUCAUUCUUUUGUCAAUGCAUGCCACAGUUUGCUUGGUGUCUUGAAGCUCUCCUUGAGGGACAGGGAAGAGGCAGAAAAGUCUUUUGAGGCUGUUGAACAGCAGUUAGAUAUUAAUAGUGAAUUCUGGAUCAAAUCCAGAAUUAUCUACUCCCCAUUAGUCAAUUUACUAGUUCCGUCACUAGCUGUUGAUCUAGACAGAUCCUUUGAUUUCUGCGCAAAAGUUGUAGCUCUUGUCAAUCUGGUGCACCUCAACACUGGCGAUGAAAGAUACAGGCAUCUUGAUUUGCUCAUUAAUUACUUGGAAAGACACAAAACAGAGGAACUUCAAAUUAGGGAUUUUGCUGGUCAAGAUGUUUGCCUCAUUUUGCACAGACUGCCUUUUUCUGACAAGCCUGUGGUUUGCAUUGUAUCCUCACACCCAAAGCCAGCCUCUCCAGAGUCUGUUGAGCAAUUGUGCAAUCAUCCUGUGAGUGACACAAAAGAAGCAGAUGAACAAAGUGAAGGGUCUCAAGUGUUCUUAUCAUCUGUCAACACCAAGUAUUUUGUCUUGUGUUUGAGGGUUCCUCAUAACAUUCAAGAAGACGGUAGUUUCCUGGCCUCUGCACUCCAAAAGAGUGUGUUGACGCUUUUUUUACAACCAUCAUUCCGCAAAGAUUUUGUAGAGAGAGAUGAUUUGUAUAGGGAAAUGACAAUCCCUACACUUAACAUUUGUUUCCUUUGGAGGCUGAUUGACUGUCUUCCUCUUCUUGUUGAACUGGAAUUGUCGGAGUUGCAAGAGUGUGACAACUUCGACUACUUGAAUUCUUGGGAGUCCUCAUUAAAAUCACGUAAGCAAUCAAUACAGGUCUCCUACCUCUCUUCUGAAUGUUCUAAUCAGCGCGAGGCUGAGUUUGUCUUUGACCGUCUGACCCAAAAAUUACAUGAAAAGCUGACACUAAGCACAGAUCUUGGUGUUGUUGUAUCUCAUGUUUCCCCAGCACAAAAUGUAGCAUCUCUUGUUAUUGAAAAGCUGGGAAAAUCCUUUAUUUCUAUUGCUGUUGAAAAGAAGUUUUUAACAGUAAAAUGUUACAGCUUCAAGGAAUCAGAUUUAGAGCAUGUCUGUUCAUUGGUACAAGAGGCUCUAGAAAACACCAUGGAAUCUUCAGCUUUCAGUGUGAAAUUUGAACAGUCUUCCUGGUUGCUUGGCCAGAGGAGCUGCUGUGAAUUGUCAAGGGAAAACUGCAGUUCAGAUGUGGGCGGUGGCUUGUUUCGCUCUGAUUCGACCUUGGAAAGAAGUGACUCUCCAUGUGCAGACAGCAGAGAUCCACAAUCAGAUGUUGAUGUGUUGCAAGGCGUGGUAAGUUUUUUCUAUUGACAAUGUGCAGUUAUGAUUAAAGAGAAGUAACUUGCUUUUAGCAAUAACCAAAAUAAAUACAUUACCAGCCCUGGUUGUUCAAUUUUUGGAUAGUGCAAUCCAACAGAUAAAUCAGUACCUUGUGGGAAACCAAUGUGUUAUCCACUGAAUAACAUUAAUUUUUUUCCUCUGGAUAGGGAUGCUUUUUUGAACAACUGGGGCCAGGUGUGGAUUGUAUACUUCCUUCCUAUCCUAUAUAGUGGCAUAUUUCUCUGGGGCUUUGGUCUACAGCCUUCUUUAUUACAGCAAAAAGAUAGGAAGCAGUUAGUGUACCGGCUGGGGACUUUGUCAAGUGAGUCAUUUGGUGGUUGGAUGGUUGUGUGGUGCAGUUGAGUCAUAUGCGCUUUUCUUGAUUUGACUAUGAGAUUGCUUGAUGCACGUUCUAGUCAAAGACCCACAUUUCCCCCUGGCUCGCCAUCAAGUCUCCAGUAGCUCAGUAGUUAGAACAUCUGACUAGAUCAGAGAGGGUCAUGGGUUUGAAUCCCAUCUGGGGCUCAGCUUUUCUCUGAGUUUCCAUGUGAUGUAAAAACGUAUCAUGUUGUUGUAGUUCUACAAAAAGACUCAUUAGGUGGUUAAUUUAACAUGUUCAGAAACCAAUACAAAUGACUUGAUUUUUUACCUUUUAUCCAAUAGGAUGUGGAGAAUAGGCCUAUUGUAAGCCAUACCAGCAGCAACUUACCUACAGAUGUGGACAUUAAUUUGUGUCUUCUGGAGUACCUUUUGAGACAAGCCAAAUGUGAAGCCACUACAGAAAAAACAUCGCUGAGCUCCAACGUCACAUCAUGUUCCUCUGACAGUUGUGCUAGUGAUGUUCAAGUAAAUCAGAACUCACCAGUCUCAUCUGAACAGACCUCAGUUUCUGAAAACAACUCCAGUUUUCCCGAGUCUGAUGAUUCCUUCACACCAACGAAGUCAUUACCUGAUAGCUUGACAUCUGUGAGAAGUAUAAAAGAAACAAAUGGCCAUCUCUCUCUUGACCAAAGUGAUUCAGAAGUCUCUACUUACAGGCACUUGUCAAAUGAGGAAGGCAUUGUAAAAAGCAGCUGUGGUCCAGACACAAGGGAAGCAAAGCAGUUGAAAGAUUCACAUCAGUUGCAAUCAUCGACUGCUGAAUGUAAUUCUGUGAGCAGUGAAGAAAACUCUCUUUUCCCUGCUGACCAGAAAACAGGUAUGCAACAUGUUCACACAAACAGAGAGUCAAAUGUGGCAAAUUCCAGCAUGUUGCUUCUAAACAAUCAAGCUGGACGUUUGGAUUUAUACCAACAUCAGAAACAAGGUCCUUCUGUUGAACGUCAUGAGAGCAUUUCAAGACCAUCAUCUGCUGCAAGUUCAGAG